AAAGUUUCCCCUCUUUGAGUGACAGAAACGCAGCACGAUGUGGACCUUCAGCUUGCUCCUCUUCUGGGGGUGUUGUGGUAUAUGUAGCUGCGAAACAGUCACAUUAACCCCACCGGAAUCAGUGGCAUGGCGUCGGCUGCUGAAUCUGACAGGGACGGCUUUUGAAACGAAUGAGUGUGUGGAUACCACCGUCUGCCCAGCUUAUGCAACCUGCACCGACACUCCAAAAAGUUACUACUGCACUUGCAAACAAGGCUUCCUGUCCAGCACCGGAGAGACACAGUUCAGGGGCUCAGGUGUGGAAUGCAAAGAUAUAGAUGAGUGUUCUCAAAAUCCCCUACAAUGUGGUCACAACUCAAUCUGCAAAAACCUGCCAGGGAGGUACAAGUGCAGCUGUUUGCGUGGUUUUUCUUCUCCUACUGGAAACAACUGGAACCCUGGAAAGCCAGGUCAUUUUGCCUGUACAGACAUCAAUGACUGCCUCUCCAGUGGAAUCUGCCCAGAGCAUUCUGAGUGUUCCAACUCCUUGGGAAGCUACAGGUGCAGCUGUCGUGAUGGGCUCUUCUCUAACAACUCCGCCUGUGAAGGCACAGAGGGCCUGCCCUUCUUUAUUUACCUACUUAAUUAA